AUGUCGUCGGAGAAAAGCAAAGCGAUUCAGUGUGAUUGCUCCAGCCAAUCGUCAACUUGCACCACUUGCCGUCUGGCUCGUUUGAACUGCACAUUUGAUUUGCCGAUUGCAAGAAGAGGUCCCAAAUCCAAGCGGCAAAGAUCCCAUGAUGUGGUUUAUCCGAAUGUUUUGCAAAGUCCUUCAAAUUCAUCCCUGCAACUCUCGGAGCACGGCUCUGCAUCUCAAAACGCAUGCUCCUCUGUCCCGGCUGUGGUCUCACUAGAUGUGUGGGACCCGGCCCUGUCGGUGCUUGAUCCGGCUUUGUCCCCUGCAACAGUGCAUACAGUUCAAUCGUCUAUCUCCAAUCCGGCUUCUAACAGAGUCACCUCGGCUUUGCAACGAUGGCAUGGCUUAGAGCGAGACCUCGCCUUACAAGACCCGUCCACGAGCUUAGAGCAGACCGUCAAUCAUUGUUUCGAACUAUUUUUCGAAUAUCUAUACCCCUUAACUCCACUCGUUCAUGAGCCCAGUCUCCGAGAUGGACUAGGAUUUUUCGUGACACAAGGACGAAUCUCGAGAUCCGAUGGCCUCAUCUAUGGACUCAGCAGCCUCAAGUACCCAGAUAUGUGGCCUGAUUUCACAUUUACUUUAAUCACAGCCGUCUGCGCAGAAGCGGCUUUUCUUCUUCCGAAGGAUAUUUUUCCAGAGGGUGAGAGAAUUGCAGACCCAUUCCUGCAAGCCUCUAGAAAUUGCUUAGCCACUUAUUUAGAGGCCGAUCUCGAAUACCCAAAUGCUAAUUCUGUUGCCAUCCGAUACUUCCAUUCCAACUGCAUGCAUGCAGCUGGCAAGCCGAGACUAUCAUGGCACAUAUUCGGGGAAGCGACCCGAUUGGCGCAAGUGAUGCAAAUGCAUGAAGAGGAAUCCUUACAAGGUCUCACUGUUCUCGAGGCAGAAUUUCGCCGACGGGCAUUCUGGAUUGCCUACAUCGGCGAUAAAUCAGCGGCCAUAUUGAAUAAUCGGCCGAUCACGAUUCAUAAAUAUUCUUUUGAAUCUGGUAUCACCAUUGGCUAUCCGACCGGCAUUGAAGACGAGGCAAUAUUAACACCGGGUAGUGCUGUUCCGGAUGAGGAGGGGGUUCACAAGAGCUUCAUUGCAGGUUUCAAUGCCAACAUUCGGCUCUGGCAAAGUGCUUCGGAUUUGCUCUUGGAAAUGCGACUAUUAGACAGUCACAAAACUGGAAACUUACUUCCGCGUCAGCCACCCACAUCUGAAGAAUGUCAUCGACUUGACCAUCUUUAUGUGCUUUUUGCAACGGCUUUGGAUGAUCUGCCUCCCUUCUUGCAAUAUGAUCAGCUCAUGGCAGGUUCCAAUAAAGAUAAUCAACGGUUAUCCAGAUUGACUAGGCUGCAUACCAUACAAGCAACCAAUGUAUAUGUCACAUUGCAUUGUCUGAAGAUGGUGAUCACACAGAAAUUCGAGGAGUUAAACUAUUAUCCACCUGCACAAAGCGAAAUGCUGCUUCUCAGGAAAACUGAUAUUGCACGCGAUCUUUUGCGAGUAAUUCGUGAUGCCCCUUUCUGGGCCUUGCAGGUGAAUGGCGAACCUUGCGUCGAAAAGAUCAGACUAAUUGGAGCUUGUCUCCUCGAGAUCAUUGAUCAACAUGAGACAUCCCCUCUAUUAGCUCGAGCGCGUAACGAUCUGUCAGUUCUUCUUGAUAUACUGACCCGCCUCGAUUCAAAAGCGUCGGAUACUUUGCGGCGGCUAUUGUGA